UUCAAUGACAGCAUCUACUACUUCAAUUACUGAGACAACAUCAAUAAUACCAUCUACAACCUCAAUGACUGAAACAAAUUUAAUGACAUCUACAAGUUCAAUAACUGAAACAACAUCAAUGAUACCAUCUAUCACUUCAUCUCUAGGUUCAUCAUCAAUGACACCAUCUAUCACUUCAUCCUUGGGGUCAUCAUCAAUGAUACCAUCUAUCACUUCAUACAUUGAAACAGCAUCAAUCACACCAUCUAUUACUUCAACCUUAGGGUCAUCAUCAAUGACACCAUCUAGUACUUCAACCUUAGGGUCAUCAUCAAUGACACCAUCUAUCACUUCAUUAUUGGGGUCGUCAUCAAUGACAACAUCUAGCACUUCAUUCUUGGGGUCAUCAUCAAUGACACCAUCGAUCACUUCAUCCUUAGAGUCAUCUUCAAUGACACCAUCUAUCUACUCAUCUCUAGGGUCAUCAUCAAUGACACCAUCUAGUACGUCAACCUUAGGGUCAUCAUCAAUGACACCAUCUAUCACUUCAUUCUUGGGGUCGUCAUCAAUGACAACAAUCACUGAUACAACAUCAAUCACACCAUCUACAACUUCAAUGACUGAGACAACGUCUAUAACACCUUCUACAAAUUCAAUUAGUGCAACAUCGUCUAUAAUACCUUCAACAACUUCAAUUUUAACUUCAACUUCAAUUACUGAAACAUCUUCAAUGACACAAUCUACUUCGUCAAUUACUGAGACAACUUCAAUGACAGCAUCUACUACUUCAAUUACUGAGACAACAUCAAUAAUACCAUCUACAACCUCAAUGACUGAAACAAAUUUAAUGACAUCUACAAGUUCAAUAACUGAAUCAACUUCAAUGACACCAUCUGCAACUUCAAUGACUGAAACAUCUUCAAUGACACAAUCUACUUCGUCAAUUACUGAGACAACUUCAAUGACAGCAUCUACUACUUCAAUUACUGAGACAACAUCAAUAAUACCAUCUACAACCUCAAUGACUGAAACAAAUUUAAUGACAUCUACAAGUUCAAUAACUGAAACAACAUCAAUGAUACCAUCUAUCACUUCAUCUCUAGGUUCAUCAUCAAUGACACCAUCUAUCACUUCAUCCUUGGGGUCAUCAUCAAUGAUACCAUCUAUCACUUCAUACAUUGAAACAGCAUCAAUCACACCAUCUAUUACUUCAACCUUAGGGUCAUCAUCAAUGACACCAUCUAGUACUUCAACCUUAGGGUCAUCAUCAAUGACACCAUCUAUCACUUCAUUAUUGGGGUCGUCAUCAAUGACAACAUCUAGCACUUCAUUCUUGGGGUCAUCAUCAAUGACACCAUCGAUCACUUCAUCAUUAGAGUCAUCUUCAAUGACACCAUCUAUCUCCUCAUCUCUAGGGUCAUCAUCAAUGACACCAUCUAGUACGUCAACCUUAGGGUCAUCAUCAAUGACACCAUCUAUCACUUCAUUCUUGGGGUCGUCAUCAAUGACAACAAUCACUGAUACAACAUCAAUCACACCAUCUACAACUUCAAUGACUGAGACAACGUCUAUAACACCUUCUACAAAUUCAAUUAGUGCAACAUCGUCUAUAAUACCUUCAACAACUUCAAUUUCAACUUCAACUUCAAUUACUGAAACAUCUUCAAUGACACAAUCUACUUCGUCAAUUACUGAGACAACUUCAAUGACAGCAUCUACUACUUCAAUUACUGAGACAACAUCAAUAAUACCAUCUACAACCUCAAUGACUGAAACAAAUUUAAUGACAUCUACAAGUUCAAUAACUGAAUCAACUUCAAUGACACCAUCUGCAACUUCAAUGACUGAAACAUCUUCAAUGACACAAUCUACUUCGUCAAUUACUGAGACAACUUCAAUGACAGCAUCUACUACUUCAAUUACUGAGACAACAUCAAUAAUACCAUCUACAACCUCAAUGACUGAAACAAAUUUAAUGACAUCUACAAGUUCAAUAACUGAAACAACAUCAAUGAUACCAUCUAUCACUUCAUCUCUAGGUUCAUCAUCAAUGACACCAUCUAUCACUUCAUCCUUGGGGUCAUCAUCAAUGAUACCAUCUAUCACUUCAUACAUUGAAACAGCAUCAAUCACACCAUCUAUUACUUCAACCUUAGGGUCAUCAUCAAUGACACCAUCUAGUACUUCAACCUUAGGGUCAUCAUCAAUGACACCAUCUAUCACUUCAUUAUUGGGGUCGUCAUCAAUGACAACAUCUAGCACUUCAUUCUUCGGGUCAUCAUCAAUGACACCAUCGAUCACUUCAUCCUUAGAGUCAUCUUCAAUGACACCAUCUAUCUCCUCAUCUCUAGGGUCAUCAUCAAUGACACCAUCUAGUACGUCAACCUUAGGGUCAUCAUCAAUGACACCAUCUAUCACUUCAUUCUUGGGGUCGUCAUCAAUGACAACAAUCACUGAUACAACAUCAAUCACACCAUCUACAACUUCAAUGACUGAGACAACGUCUAUAACACCUUCUACAAAUUCAAUUAGUGCAACAUCGUCUAUAAUACCUUCAACAACUUCAAUUUCAACUUCAACUUCAAUUACUGAAACAUCUUCAAUGACACAAUCUACUUCGUCAAUUACUGAGACAACUUCAAUGACAGCAUCUACUACUUCAAUUACUGAGACAACAUCAAUAAUACCAUCUACAACCUCAAUGACUGAAACAAAUUUAAUGACAUCUACAAGUUCAAUAACUGAAUCAACUUCAAUGACACCAUCUGCAACUUCAAUGACUGAAACAUCUUCAAUGACACAAUCUACUUCGUCAAUUACUGAGACAACUUCAAUGACAGCAUCUACUACUUCAAUUACUGAGACAACAUCAAUAAUACCAUCUACAACCUCAAUGACUGAAACAAAUUUAAUGACAUCUACAAGUUCAAUAACUGAAACAACAUCAAUGAUACCAUCUAUCACUUCAUCUCUAGGUUCAUCAUCAAUGACAACAUCUAGCACUUCAUUCUUGGGGUCAUCAUCAAUGACACCAUCGAUCACUUCAUCCUUAGAGUCAUCUUCAAUGACACCAUCUAUCUCCUCAUCUCUAGGGUCAUCAUCAAUGACACCAUCUAGUACGUCAACCUUAGGGUCAUCAUCAAUGACACCAUCUAUCACUUCAUUCUUGGGGUCGUCAUCAAUGACAACAAUCACUGAUACAACAUCAAUCACACCAUCUACAACUUCAAUGACUGAGACAACGUCUAUAACACCUUCUACAAAUUCAAUUAGUGCAACAUCGUCUAUAAUACCUUCAACAACUUCAAUUUCAACUUCAACUUCAAUUACUGAAACAUCUUCAAUGACACAAUCUACUUCGUCAAUUACUGAGACAACUUCAAUGACAGCAUCUACUACUUCAAUUACUGAGACAACAUCAAUAAUACCAUCUACAACCUCAAUGACUGAAACAAAUUUAAUGACAUCUACAAGUUCAAUAACUGAAUCAACUUCAAUGACACCAUCUGCAACUUCAAUGACUGAAACAUCUUCAAUGACACAAUCUACUUCGUCAAUUACUGAGACAACUUCAAUGACAGCAUCUACUACUUCAAUUACUGAGACAACAUCAAUAAUACCAUCUACAACCUCAAUGACUGAAACAAAUUUAAUGACAUCUACAAGUUCAAUAACUGAAACAACAUCAAUGAUACCAUCUAUCACUUCAUCUCUAGGUUCAUCAUCAAUGACACCAUCUAUCACUUCAUCCUUGGGGUCAUCAUCAAUGAUACCAUCUAUCACUUCAUACAUUGAAACAGCAUCAAUCACACCAUCUAUUACUUCAACCUUAGGGUCAUCAUCAAUGACACCAUCUAGUACUUCAACCUUAGGGUCAUCAUCAAUGACACCAUCUAUCACUUCAUUAUUGGGGUCGUCAUCAAUGACAACAUCUAGCACUUCAUUCUUGGGGUCAUCAUCAAUGACACCAUCUAGUACUUCAACCUUAGGGUCAUCAUCAAUGACACCAUCUAUCACUUCAUCCUUGGGGUCAUCAUCAAUGGCACCAUCCAUCAUUUCAUCCUUAGGGCCAUCAUCAAUGACAUCAUCUAUCACUUCAUCCUUGGGGUCAUCAUCAAUCACACCAUCUUUUACUUCAUACAUUGAAACAACAUCAAUCCCACCAUCUAUUACUUCAAUCUUAGGGUCAUCAUCAAUGACACCAUCUAUCACUUCAACCUUAGGGUCAUCAUCAAUGACACCAUCUAUCACUUCAUCCUUGGGGUCAUCAUCAAUGACACCAUCUAUCACUUCAUCCUUAGGGCCAUCAUCAAUGACACCGUCUAUCACUUCAUCCUUGGAGUCAUCAUCAAUCACACCAUCUUUUACUUCAUACAUUGAAACAACAUCAAUCCCACCAUCUAUUACUUCAAUCUUAGGGUCAUCAUCAAUGACACCAUCUAUCACUUUAUCCUUAGGGUCAUCAUCAAUGAUACCAUCUAUCACUUCAUACACUGAAACAACAUCAAUGACACCAUCUAUCACUUCAUCCUUAGGGUCAUCAUCAAUGAUACCAUCUAUCACUUCAUCCUUAGGGUCAUCAUCAAUGACCCCAUCUUUUACUUCAUACAUUGAAACAACAUCGAUCCCAUCAUCUAUUACCUCAUCCUUGGGAUCAUCAUCAAUGACACAAUCUGUUAUUUCAUCUCAAGUGUCAUCCUCAAUGAUCACUUCAUACAUUGAAACAACAUCAAUGACACCAUAUAUUACUUCAACCUUAGGGUCAUCAUCAAUGACACCAUCUACCACUUCAUCC